GGGUAACUGUUACCCUCAAAAUUGGUGUAAUAAUUUCCCCAUCUCUCUCACACCUUCACUACAUAUUCUCCUCUAAUUUUGAGUAUAGUUACCUCCUUAAUACAUUAUGUAAUAAUCCUCUACUCUGCUUAUUAUCUCCUUAAUACAUUACCGGCGAUCCAGGUAUGCGCUAAAAUCUGACAGAAGUGUUAGGGCAGUAGCUUAAAGGUGCUAUGGCAUUUAUUUAGGUGGCUCAUGAUUUUGUAGAACAAGGAAUGGUAGUACUCCCCCGCCCAAGAUGCCGCUCUUCGUGUUUUUACAAGAUUAAUGGAAGCUAUCUCGGAAUCUGGACAUGCAUCUGGUUCAAAUAGAGGGGAGCCUGUGACCGCAAGACUCCUGUUCCCAUGUAGCCAAGCUAACAUGUUGGAUAUGGCAGACACUGCUGGUGCUGAUGUGAAGAUAUUAGAGGGCCACUCUACUCAUGCUACUUUGGUUGGUAGUUGUGAGUAUUCUGAUGUGCAUACUUAUCUGCUUCAAGUCACAUGGACACUGAGGGAAAACAUAUUUUCCAGCAUGAAGAUAAUGCCCCCUGGCCCACCUCUUCUUCCAAACAUACUUUAUGGCCAGCCUCCUCGAGUCCUUGCAGCAACUACCAUAAUAACACAUGAAAUGGAUAACCUUGCAAUUUCUAAUAAUACAAACAUUUCUUCAUCACCCGUGGUUCCGUCAUCAGAGUCUUCAUUUGGACACACUCAAACUAUGUUUACGAAAAACCAAGCCGCCGUUGUCGCAUCUAGCAGGAGCUCAGAACUUGGAAGGUCUAUACUCCGAGCAAUGCGCCUUAUGCUACUGAGGAAAUUGAUGUGGUUCAUGAGCAAUGGGCUAAGUUUUUCACCAGCAAGUAUUCAUUAUUGAUAUGAUCGCGCUUGAUCGAGUUGGUUUAGAUGUUAUAGAACAAUCUGUUAUAUUAAAAUGUAUGCGUACGUUGAAAUUGGAACAUAUAUUUUAAUGUAGUACGUGCACUUUGGUUUUGGGAUAUUUAUAUAUAUGUGUCAAAAACACCUGUUAUUGUUUUA